GUAAAAGAUACAGAGAUGAUUCCCAGACUACCUCCUAUUCAGUUUGGAAGCUAGUGGAAGAAAGCCCUCUCUCCAGCACAAGUCUCUGAUGAACAAGAUCUAUUAAAAAGAACUGCGUUGGUUUACACUGCAGAUUGAAUGGAGCAUUAAAUGACUGCGUUAGCAUGACUGCAGUGGGGGUAAUGGUCACUUCCAGUGGGUAUAUAAUGUUGUAAUAAUACUUUUACAUAGGUGCAAUAAUUGUUCAAGUGUUCCUUGAACAAUUUGUCUUGAAAUGCUAUCCUGCAUCUCUGCAUCAAAUGCCCCCCCACACCUCCUUCCACCCAAAAUGUUUUUUUCCUUCCUUUCAGCAGGUGUAAACAGAUGAGGAAAUAUGUAUACUUUCAAUUUAUCACCUAUGGAUCAUAACGGUGGGGGUACUACUACGAAUAACUUGCCACCAGCUUUAGGAGGCUUUUAGCGAUGCCGCCCACCAAUACAGGUCAAAUGGUCUUAAUUUGAUCACCCCCACUCUCUCUGGCCUGGGCUGUAAUUUUCCAAACAGCCAUCUCUCACUUACAAAUAAAAGUUAAAAUCAAUUUACAGAUGCAGAAUGCUAGUUUCCUGUCACUCAGUUCGAUAGGGUUUUUAUUUGUAGAGGUGCCAGAUUGUGACCAAUAAAGGGGGGGGGGAAGAGGGAGAGAGAGAGAGAGAGAGAAUGAGAAUGAAUAUCAUUUGCUUCCUUGCUUCCUAAGCAGGGAUUUGCCUGAGAUGCGCGGCUAGAGGACUGCGGCGGCUGAUUUACACAGUUGGCGCGGAGGAGGGGCCGGGGGUGUUGGGGGGACAAGCUGGCGGAGGCUCUGGAGAUGGGCUGAUCUGGGGGCUCCCGAGCGCCGCUCCCUCUGUGCGCGAUUUGGGGGCGGCUGAUGGAUUUGCAUUCGGGUUCCAGCCCGGCGUUUCGUAUACUGCGUCCUAACGCCCGACCUGCCGCUCCCAGUUUGGGUGCAGACGUUGUUUUGUAAUCAACCACGAACGAUGAAACCUUCUAUAGCUGAAAUGCUUCACAGAGGGAGGAUGUUGUGGAUAAUUCUUCUAAGCACAAUUGCUCUAGGAUGGACUACCCCGAUUCCCCUGAUAGAGGACUCAGAGGAAAUAGAUGAGCCCUGUUUUGAUCCAUGCUACUGUGAAGUUAAAGAAAGCCUCUUUCAUAUACAUUGUGACAGCAAAGGAUUUACAAAUAUUAGUCAGAUUACUGAGUUCUGGUCAAGACCUUUUAAACUGUAUCUACAGAGGAAUUCAAUGAGGAAAUUGUACACCAACAGUUUUCUUCAUUUGAAUAAUGCUGUGUCCAUUAACCUUGGGAACAAUGCAUUGCAGGAUAUUCAAACAGGAGCUUUCAACGGUCUUAAGAUUUUAAAGAGGCUCUAUCUACACGAGAACAAACUAGAUGUCUUCAGAAAUGAAACCUUCCUUGGCUUGGAAAGUCUGGAAUAUCUGCAGGCAGAUUACAAUGUCAUUAAACGUAUUGAGAGUGGGGCAUUUCGAAACCUAAGUAAAUUGAGAGUUCUGAUUUUAAAUGAUAAUCUCAUCCCCAUGCUUCCAACCAAUUUAUUUAAGGCUGUCUCCUUAACCCACUUGGACCUACGUGGAAACAGAUUAAAAGUUCUUUUUUACCGAGGAAUGCUAGACCACAUUGGCAGAAGCCUGAUGGAGCUCCAGCUGGAAGAAAACCCCUGGAACUGUACAUGUGAAAUUGUGCAACUGAAGAGUUGGCUAGAACGCAUUCCUUACACUGCCCUGGUGGGAGACAUCACUUGCGAGACUCCUUUCCAUUUCCAUGGAAAGGACCUUCGAGAAAUCAGGAAGACAGAACUCUGUCCCUUGUUGUCUGACUCUGAGGUGGAGGCUAGUUUGGGGAUUCCCCACUUAUCAUCUGGCAAGGAGAAUGCAUGGCCAACUAAGCCUUCCUCGAUGCUGUCCUCUGUACAUUUUACUGCUUCUUCUGUUGAAUACAAGUCCUCAAAUAAACAGCCCAAGCCCACCAAACAGCCUCGAACACCAAGGCCACCCUCUACAUCCCAAGCUUUAUACCCUGGUCCAAACCAACCUCCCAUUGCUCCUUACCAGACAAGACCACCUAUCCCCAUUAUAUGCCCUACUGGGUGUACCUGUAAUUUGCACAUCAAUGACCUUGGCCUGACUGUCAAUUGCAAAGAGCGAGGAUUUAAUAACAUCUCUGAACUUCUUCCAAGGCCACUGAAUGCCAAGAAACUGUACCUGAGUAGCAAUUUGAUUCAGAAAAUAUACCGUUCUGAUUUUUGGAAUUUCUCUUCCUUGGAUCUCUUACAUCUGGGAAACAAUCGUAUUUCUUAUGUCCAGGAUGGGGCCUUCAUCAACUUACCCAACCUAAAGAGCCUCUUUCUCAAUGGCAACGACAUCGAGAAGCUGACGCCAGGCAUGUUCCGAGGCCUACAGAGUCUGCACUACUUGUAUUUCGAGUUCAAUGUCAUCCGAGAAAUCCAGCCUGCAGCCUUCAGCCUCAUGCCCAACUUGAAGCUGCUAUUCCUCAACAAUAACUUGCUGAGGACCCUGCCAACAGAUGCCUUUGCAGGCACGUCCCUGGCUCGGCUCAACCUGAGGAAGAAUUACUUCCUCUACCUUCCUGUGGCUGGUGUCCUAGAACACUUGAAUGCCAUCGUCCAGAUAGACCUCAAUGAGAAUCCUUGGGACUGUACCUGUGACCUGGUUCCCUUCAAACAGUGGAUCGAAACCAUCAGCUCAGUCAGUGUGGUGGGUGAUGUGCUAUGCAGGAGCCCUGAGAACCUCACUCACCGUGAUGUACGCACUAUUGAGCUAGAAGUUCUCUGCCCAGAGAUGCUACACAUUGCACCAGCUGGAGCAUCUCCAGCUCAGCCUAGAGAUUCUCACCUUGCUGAGGGGCCAACAAGUGAAUCACCUUAUGAGUUCUCUUCCCCUGGGGGCCCUGUGCCACUUUCUGUGUUGAUUCUCAGCCUGCUGGUUCUAUUUUUUUCAGCAGUCUUUGUUGCUGCAGGCCUCUUUGCCUAUGUCCUCCGAAGGCGCCGGAAGAAGCUGCCCUUCAGAAGCAAGCGGCAAGAAGGUGUGGACCUUACUGGCAUCCAGAUGCAAUGCCACCGGCUUUUUGAUGACGGUGGAGGUGGUGGAGGUGGAAGUGGAGGUGCGGGACGACCAACUAUUUCUUCUCCAGAAAAGGCCCCUCCUGUGGGUCAUGUAUAUGAGUAUAUCCCUCACCCUGUUACUCAGAUGUGCAACAACCCCAUCUACAAGCCUCGUGAGGAGGAGGAGGUGGCUGUUUCAUCAGUUCAGGAGGUGGGGAGUGCAGAAUGCGGGGCUCCUGGAACACAACCCCAUGGAAUGGGGGAGGUUCUCCUAGGAAGUGAGCAGUUUGCUGAGACACCCAAGGAGAACCAUAGCAACUACCGGACCUUGCUAGAAAAAGAAAAGGAGUGGGCCCUGGCAGUGUCCAGUUCUCAGCUCAAUACCAUAGUGACCAUGAAUCAUCAUCACCCUCACCCUCACCACCCAGCAGUUGGGGUUUCAGGGGUAGUUGCGGGAACUGGGGGAGACUUGGCUGGGUUCCGCCACCAUGAGAAGAAUGGUGGGGUGGUGCUGUUUCCUCCUGGGGGAGGCUGUGGUGGUAGCAGUAUGCUACUAGACCGAGAGAGGCCACAACCAGCCCCCUGCACAGUGGGAUUUGUGGACUGUCUCUAUGGCACAGUGCCCAAAUUAAAGGAACUGCAUGUCCACCCUCCUGGCAUGCAAUACCCAGACUUACAGCAGGAUGCCAGGCUUAAAGAAACCCUUCUCUUCUCAGCUGGAAAGGGCUUCACAGACCACCAAACCCAAAAAAGUGAUUACCUCGAGUUAAGGGCCAAACUUCAAACCAAGCCGGAUUACCUCGAAGUCCUGGAGAAGACAACAUAUAGGUUCUAACAGAAAAAGAAAAAUAAAUUAGUGCUUUUUUUCAAAAGAAAAGAAAAAUAAAAGAAAUAUAUCCCCUGCUCCCUUUACAAGUGUCCCAACAACUCCAUUCUCACAAACUUCCCUACCCUGAACAGAACUGAAACCGCAUGAUAACUAGAAAAUACAGAUGUAUGCUCUCCCCACUCAGAUGUGAUUUGGAGGAAGGGCCAUACUCAGAUCAUUAAUCAAUGAAGUGCCUUCGCAGACUUUUGCCAGCAAAUGUUACCAUUAUUUUUUUAUACUGAAACUUGAGACUUUGACUGUGCCAUGUAUAAGGUAUAUAUUGGGGAUCGUUGUAUUGAUCCUAAUUAAGUAAAAUUCAAUGUGUCUUUUUAUUUUCAGUAACUUUUUUUUUUAGUUAUAGUUUUUUUUGACAGGGAGGGGGGAAAACAAAUUGUCAUUUGUGGCUUUCUUUCCUCUUCCCACCAUGGCACAGAUUCUGUACAUGUAUUAACAAUGCAGUUUGCUGCAUGCCUGGAAACUGCAAGACGGGGAGGGAGGGGGUGGGUCUUGCUGGAAUGUUCUCACCCACUCGUUUUUCUCUCAUACAUAUACCCACACACAAAUCACAAAUCCCUAUACACAGUUAGGUCCCUACACCUGCAGCUUCUUCCUUCUGGUGCAGGUGUAUAUGCGCAUGCGUGCGUACACACACACACACACACACACACACACACACACACACACACCCCAUUCAUUUAACCCAAUCUAAUUAGUUCGGGUUUGAUCUGUUCUUCUCUCCUCUCCAUAGCUCCACCUUCCCUUCACCCCUAGUGUACAGAUCACAACAUCUCUCCUACCAUCCUGGGAAAAGUCAUCUCCCAGGAUGGGUCUUACUGAAGUGGAAGCCUGGUGGUUUAACAGCCAGAGGCACACACCUAGGGAUGAGCAACUUCUUUAUGAUAUUUCAUCCUGAUGCCAAGAUUUUUUGGAGAACACCUGCACUUUCUUAUUAUAAAUAUAUAUAUAAUACAAAAAUCAUAAAAAAGCAACUGGGUAUAUAUCACUAACAGCUUUGUAGGAAGCACUUUUAAUGUUUUCUCUCUCACACACAAAGAUUAAAAAGAAAUGUGCAUAUAUUUAUUCUGUAAUUUCAGUGAUUAUAAAUUGUAAAGGUAAUGUUUAAUCAUUGUAUAGUGAUUAUGCGUCUGGUAUAGCUUUCCUAAUAAAAAGUUUUUGAAAAACAUAAUACAUUAUAUAUAGAGGAUACAAAGCUUGAACCUUAAACUCCAGCUAUGCCAUGCCUUUCGUGCUCCCAUUUUUUUAAGAAAAAUCUUUCUUUUUACUUCUUAUACAGAAAGCUAGUUUAUUAACAAGUUUGAUGCACUGUGAUGUUGAUAAAUCUUAUAACCCACCAUGCCCAUCCCAUACCAGGAUACAAUACAAUUGGGACAUAAAAAUAUCUGAUUUAUAUAGUUCACUUCUUUCUCUUGAAUUAUGAAUUUUAAACUUAUUACCCCAAUGAUGCAUCAUUUUUCCUAGGCAGUUUGCAAUUGGGAGAAAAUGAAAUAACUAUAUUGCUAAGAAUACAAGAUUAAUUAGGAAGAGAUGAUCAAGGAUCCAUGAAUCUUACUAAAGUUAAAGACAUGAAGGAAAAGGAAAGUGAAAUUGCUAUUCUUUUUUAAAAUGUACACUAAAAUUACCUAGAUACACACACACACACAAUACAAACCAAUCAAAAUAUAAGGCCUUGGAGCUAAUUUUACUGUCAGAAUUGUGUUAUCUGUGAAAGCUGUCACUAUUACAUUUUAGUGCUUGUUUUUUCCAACCACUUACUGCAUGAAACAUGCUUGAACCAAGAUAGGAGGCUGAGUUUUUCUUUCUGUGUACACUACUUGAUGUUGCAAAAUUAAUCUGACAAUAAUUCAAGUUAUGAUCCAUUUAUAUGUGAGUGAAACCAAAGAAAAUUGGAUUUUUAAGGUGCCGGUAACUUGUUUGUGGAGGAAACUAACCUGAUGCAAAGAAACCUGAGAGCUUUGAGGCAGGCACUUAUCUCAUCAGGCCAGCAGAGGACAGCAGAGCUCCAGAGAUUCACAGACCCUAUAGCUGCAGAAUUGUGCAGUGAAGUCAGUGUUCUCUGCAAGUGUUUCCUCAAGCUGCCCUUAGUAGAAAUUAUCAUUAUGUGUUGAAUGUAAUUCGCUAUAAGUCACUGAUGCCUUACAUCACAUUUUUUUCCAUAAAAAAGGAGACUAGCAGCUUCUAAAGCUGUGUGACUGAUAUAAAAUGAAAGCAUUGUACUUGAAAAGAAAAAGAAAACCCUAGAAAUGUCUAGAAUAACAUAUUUAUAUAUCUCUUGAUUAAUUACAAAUGGAUAACAACAUACAUAUGCAUAAAAUAAAAAAAACAAGUAUAUCAAUAUAAAACGCAAUUUUUCAGGGCUACCUUGCAUUUGCUACCUUGUACCUAAAACUUUUGUCCUCCAUUAUAUGAAGUGUUUUUGGAAUUAGUUCAGAUAAGAAAAAGCCCAUGGACAUGAUUCACUAUUUCUCUACAUACAAUAUUGAAAUGCAGUUCUUCCUAUGCAAGAAGAUCAGAUCCAUUAUUAAAUGGGUGUCACUCUUCUUUUUUGUUUCUAUUUACUUUCCCAUAAGUCACUUUAUCAUAGCUAUCUCACUUUCCUUGUUCUUUCUAAUCAUCUCUCCUUUCUUCACCUAAAAUCUUUUUUAAGGCAUCAAAAGUCAGUAUUAACCUUUGUGUUUUAGUAUCUGAUUUAUGAAGUCCUUUUAAAACUAGUUAUCAUCUCCACAUUCCUCUUAAUCAAAUAUUUUGAUGAAUAGUAGAAAGUAUGUGUAUAAUAAAAGUUCAUGUGCAAAGCUACAAUAUAUACUUCUAACAGUUAUCAUCAUUUCCUUAAUAACCGUGUACACCUUCAUAACAGGGCAUAUUAUACAAAUCAGGUUAAAGUACAAUCCCUAACAAUGCCAGAGCUUACAACAUUUGAAAAAUGAGUGUCCAUAAAUCAUAUCAAAUUACAAUAUAACUUGAUAAUUAUCAUGUUUAUAUUUUAUUUAUUGUUUACUUUACACAUAGAUAGUAAUUUUACCCUUGAAUUAGGAAUAAGUUUAUUUAGUGAAAAUAAAUUUAUACAAGGAUGGAAUUUUCUAUCAAUGGAGAUAAUUUUUUGCUUCCAUGGAGAUUUCUAACCCCUUAGCUAGGCCACUUAUUUUAGCUUUGCAUUAGAAAUGCUACGUUAGCUUUAGUUUAUAAUACCAUAUAUGUUUUCUUAAAGUACCAAUUAAUAUAGACUCUAUGAUUAGUAUUUGUUCUAUUUUUUGUUGCAGUAAAAUGAUUAUUUAAAAAAAGAUAGAUUACUAAUUCACUUCAUAGUGAUGGUCACUUAGACUGAAGCGGACCCAGAUCUGAUUAUAUUUCCUAUUAUUCCUUGCUAUUUUAUUACAAUUUAAAAUAAUAAUAUUUGAAACUAAUGAAAUGUAUUGUAAUGUCACGUUAUGAGAUGUUGAGUGGAAAAUAAUUAAAAGUGAAAUAUUAGCUUGAUUCAGUACUAAUUUUAACAUAUUUUUCUUAUACAGUAUUAUGUGAAUGCUUUUAUGUUUUUAUUUAAAAAGCUAUAUUAUUUUAUCUAAUUGAAAAAUACUAAGAAAUAUAAGGAUGAAGACCACCAUAUUUUAAAUAAAAAGUUUAGAGAGACCAAAAGGGAAGUUUAAUUAUUGAGCUUGAAAAGGUUUUUUUAAAACUAGGAAUAUUAACUUUAAAUCCUUGCUAUCUGCAAAGAAUAUUUGUGUGAAUUAUGAAGAUUGAUAAUGUAGCUACAGAACAUAAGACUGAUUUAACCACAGCAACACAUUAUUUUGAUUAAUUUAGUAUAAAUUCAUUGUUCAUACAAUCCUAGCCUUUUGCAAUUAUGUUGUCUAGGCCAAAAAAUGUUGCAUUUUCAUAAAAUGACUAUGACAAAGGAAUCAUUAACAAAAUGCUUCACAAAUUGCAAAACAUAUGACUAUAAAGAGUCAAGAUAAUACUAGAGAAAAUGGUAUUAAAAAGAUUUCAUCUUGAUUUGAGCUAGUUUAAUUUGAGCUUAGACACUGAUAACUUAUUAUACUUAGCUCAAAAUUCUCAACUGUGAAAAAUCAGAACAUAAAUAUCUCAAAUUUCACCAUAGAAGUAUUCUGUUUAAUAAAUAUAUUAUAGGCCUUUUAAAAGUAACAGGAGCAAUAACACAUGUGUAAUUGAGCAAUCAUGUGUGUGUGUAUAUAUAGAUAUAAUACUAUUAUAUGUGUAUAUACACUGUAUAUACAUGUAUAUAGUUUAUAUAUGCUGAAUUAUACUUACAUGUCAAUUAUGGAUUUUUUUCCUUUCAUGUAUAAUUUCAGUUUUAUGCAUUUCUCUUCCUUGCUUCUGUCUAGCUGCUGUCCAAGUGAAGCUGGACGAAGUUAUGAGUCUUCACUUUGGGAAUAUCACAUGUAAAAUGUAACUCUGUAAUUAAUAUUUCUGAAUUUAAAAGCUUUUUAUCUUCCAAUUUGUUUCAUUUUAUUAUUUAAGUCAUAGGAGACAAAUCUCAAACUGUGAUUUAAGUUAAGUCCUCACAGUAAAGACACUAACCUUUUAUAAAUAUGCAAAAUAAGUCAAAUGAAAAACAAGUGCUCCUUUUUCAUUUUUUAUUUCUAGAAUAAAUUUUACAGGUGAAAACAAUUUCAGUAGCUUUAUUAAUUUAAUAAGACCUUUGUAAUUUAUCUAGGCAUGUAGAAAAAGUGAAAUCUUGACAGUAAAUAUAAGAGAAGUGAAAGACCUAUUUAAGACAUUCAUCAUCCUACUUCUUUUAAAUAUCCUUCAUUUAAAAUGUAUAACACUAGUAAUAAUGAUAAGAAACAGAAAUGAUCAUUUUUCGUAAGAUUUUACAAAAUCUGAAUUGAAAGGGAAGAUUUUCCAUAGCAAGAAGGCAGGUGUACACCAGGGACUGCUAGUUGUAAAGAGGUAAUAGUUUGACUAGCUCAUUUAAUUCUGAUAUUUGCUCCUGAAAAUAAUAUACAUAUUUUCAAGAAUAUGUAUUAUUGCUUUCUAUUGCCUUGAUUAGAUGAUUUCACAUCAUUUAAAAAUUUUAAUAGAAAAUAAUACAUAUGGUGAACCUCAAAGAUAUAUAGCCAGUAAAGCAUUAUAAUAAAUUUAUGGUUGACUCAAAUCCUCUAAUAUCUUUAAACAUUACAACACAGGUGAACACUAGUAAAAAGCAGGCUUUCCUCAUUAACACCCAAUGACAAAAAGGCCCAGCAUACCUAAUUAAACGUUUUUUUAGUGUAUCAGUUCAUUCACUUGUUAAUAAGAUGAACAGUUCAGUGAAUUGAUAGUUUACAGUGGACUUAACUGUAUCAAAAACAAGCAAGUUUCAUCAAAAUGAAUAUGCUAGUGACCAGUAAAAACAAAACUUAAUACUUUAUUUUAAAUCGAUUCUAAUAAUUAGCGGGCUAUUCUCUUGAUGAAGAAAAGAAAACACAUUGCCAAUAAUAUAUUAUAUGGGAAUACAGGGCAUUUGUGUUUUGACACAUCUUACUAGAAACUUCUAGGUUUACAGAGCUUCUUUGAAGGAUGGAAGACUACAUAAUGAUUUCUGGUAGAAUUAAAACAAGGGCAUAAAUUGCCUAGCCUGGGGAGUGACACAGUUAGCUUUUCAAAAAAGAUGCUGCAACAAAAAUGUCUCAUUUGAUUAUUCGGAGGAAUGAAAAGUUUUCUUCUCCCUCCUGGUCUUAUUCCUUUCACUAUUUCUGAUAGUCCUACUUUUCUGCCUCUGCUUCUGAAUCAGUACCAAGAUAUGACCAAAGACACUUUCAUUGAGCUCAAAUUAGGUGCCAAGGCAAGUUCAGGGAAUGAAGUCUCUGUAUCCAAUGACAAAAUGCCCAAUUCACUUAUCUUGUACCUAAAGCUGAGAAAAUAAUUCAACAUAUCCCACUUCACUGUGAAAUCAUUUAUAAGUCCAGUGAAAAAAGUCAGAACCUAUAAUAAUAAAAUUAAAAGUACUUCUGGAGAUCCAGAGAGAAUCAGCAAAUGCUUUAAAAAUAUGGUACCUAUCUUUAAAAUCUCAAAGCCGUGUUUUUCCUCCUCUGAAAUACCCUUUGUCCUUGCUGUGGCAUCCAAAAUAUUGGUUUAAUCAAAAUUAAAAUACAUAUGUAAAACAUCCAUAUUAAGACCACCUCCUCCUUCCCAAGUCCACACAUUUUCAGUAGUUUUUCCUUAUUUACAGUGUAAACUUUCUGACUACUAAGCUGUUACUGCACUUAGAAUUCUAAGGUUUUUUUCCCACAGAAUUGUGGGAAACAAUUUAUCUUAAAAUGUCUCUCUUUUUUAUUUUUUGUAGUCUGUGGUAACUAAUUUUAUAAUAAAAAAAUAAGUCUGUCAAUAUGUAAACCAUUAACCAUACUGUAAUUUUGAAGGAAAAAAAAAUCUAUCAAACUAGACAAUUUUAUAUUAUUAAAUUGAGUUGGGAUUUUUUUUUUUUCCUACUUGUGCCCUUCUUUACCACAUUUGGAAUCAAAAGUGAAAUUUAAUUAACAGUUUAUUACAUCCUUUAUUUCUCUAGCUGUCAAUAAAAGGGAGGUGGGCACAGAAAAUGUUAACAGGUAUAAAUAAUCUGUCUGUCAAAUAACUAGGCUCGUGAAUCUCUCAUUUUUCCUUUAGUAAACAUUCCUCAACAAGAAGGACAAUGAACAGAGAAAGGGAAAAAAAAUGAAAAUGCUUUCCCUUUUGAAGACCAAUUGACAAGGCUUAAUGGAUAAAGUAUGAACUAGACUUUCAUAUUAAACUUCUGGUAUUCUAUCUGUGGAAGAGAUUAAAAUCCAUGGUAGUUUCACUAUUUACUUUGAUAUGAUUUCAAGCCACUUCAAUUUCUAUCUAUUAAAAUAGUCAUUGGACAUAAAAUCAAAUCUUAACAGUAACUAAACCAACCACAAUUAAAAGUAAAUUUUAAUGCAAAAGAAAUCACAAGACUAAACUAAAGUAACAAUGCAACUAAGACAUUUAGCUUAAUUCAUGGUAGAGAUGUGUAAAAUGAAAUAAAAGUCCUCUUUUUUUUCUUUUUUUUUAAUUAGUACUUUUCUUAUACAAAUAACAAUUCAUUAUGCCAGAUUUAAUUUGGGGGCCAUGUUAACUUAGCUUUUUCUGAAUCCUACAUCAACAUUUAUUUAAGGAACACAACCCAGUUAUUAUUUAUUUAAGAAAUCUUAUUUAUUUAAAAACUUACUGUAAUUUGUCAUGAAAUAUAUGUGACUAUUCCACAACCAAAUAUAUGUAGUUUAAAACAUUUUUCAUUUGCUGUAAUACUGUUCUUUCCUAUUGGUAUUUAUGAUUUGAAUUUUAUCAGUAUAAAUGACAUUGAAAUUGCUCCUUAAUUUGAAUCAUAUACUCUUCUCUCUUUAUAAAUGUAGAUAAGUGAUAGCUGAACAUUGCUCAAAUGAAUUCUGAAUAUAUAUUUAUUCUGUAUAUAUAAAUAUAUACACAUAUAUAUCAAUUUUAUUAACUAACAACUUUAUCAAAUAAGUUUGCAUAAUGCAUCACUGCAUAGAUGAAAUUUUUAAAAAUUUAAACUUACGGUUCAAAAAGGGAUAAGACAUAGUGUGGAAAUGCUGAAUACAUAAAAUCCAGCUUCCAAUGUUUUAUUUGUUAAGUGAACCAGGCUUGAAUUUGACAAUAAAUCAACUCUCUUCUCAUAUUAAUUCAAACAUGACUUCCAGUUUUGAAAUGAAACAUUCACUACUCCCAUUUCAAAAAAAUAAGGUACAAUUUCCAUAAGUUAUUGCAUACUAAACAAGGGCAGGAAGAGAUAUCAAUUCUGGGGAACUUCAUUGCAUAGCUCACUUUUAUUUCCACUGUAAGUGGAAUCACAGAAUGAUAAAAAAAAAAAUCACACACACACACAUAUGACAAACAGAAAAUGAAGAGAGAGAGAAGACAGUGUGUAAUCGUUUGGAAAAAGCUCCUGAGGUAAUUCUGUUAUGUUCACUCAUCAACCCCCACUUUGAGAACUACUGUUCUCAGCAAGUUUCAUCCAGGCAAAUUCUUUAUCUUUCAGUAUAUGUACUUUGCUAAUUUCCAUGUUUGUACAAAUCACUGUGGUUAUUCUUUUAUUUUGUGAGAAUACACAUCUCUCAUGGGCCUCAAAACUGUUUCAAAUUUUCUUUACCAGUAGGCUUUUACUGAUACAGUAAACUAAAUUUUGAUAUUCUCUCAAAUAGGUGCACAAACUAUUUACUCUAUGAUGACUUAAGACAAAAUAAUGUUGGAAUAUUUCACCCUAAGUGUUCUUCAGUCACUUUGCCUGUCUGUGCCAAGAAUUCUGGCUUUUCAAUUAUAUUGUAAGCACUUGAGAAUACAGACUGUCUUCAAGGUCUUCUUUAGUCCAGAGUCUAGGGCCAUAUUUUGCACAGCUAUGGAAAAUACAUUCUGAUCAAACUUCUGAGUUUCAUGGAUCCUAUCUUGUUUCUAGAAUAGCCACAAUACUACCUUUCUUCCCAUUAUUUCUAACAUACAACCUUAAUAACAAUGAACCAUAUGUAAGUAUCUGUUGACUAAAUGAAUGAACAGAGUUGCUCAGUGGGUUGAGGAUCUGGUGUUGCCAUGAGCUGUGGUGUAGGUUGCAGACGUGGCUCAGAUCCCACGUUGCUGUGGCUAU